GCUCAGCUCUGCUCUGCCUCCGGUGACCAGCCGCGUUUGCUCUCGAAGCUGCACCCCCACACCUGUAUAGGAGAAGGGGAGCAGAGCGGCCCGAGUGCGCUGCUUCGCCUCCCCUGAGGCGCCCCUACCGCCCGUCUGCGCCCCACACCGUCUCUGUUUCAGUUAGCGAGGACUCGAUACCCGCCCAGCCUGAGCGUGAAGCGAGGCUGGACACAGCGCAACUCAACAACCACCCCGCACUCCGCUGCCUCCAAGGGCCGGAGCCUCCCUGGCCCGCGGCCGCGCCCCUCGGCUGCCCGCCCGCCUGCAGGUGAGGCCGGCCCCGGGGCGGUGCUGAGGCGGCCUGCGUGUCUCGUCUCGGCCGGGAGAAGCACCUGUGGUGCCUACGAGCCUCCGCCGCUGCCAGGGUUGACCAAAGGACCAUUUCAUCCUGAAAGAGUCAGUUAGCAAGAUCUGCAUAGACUUAUUCCUAAGGGGAAACAUGUCUGAGAUUGACUAUGAGAAGUUGGCUGAAAUAGAACUGCAGAAAGAUGAAGCAGAAGAUACACAGUCAGAACAGGAAGAAACAUCUAUGCCUCUGCCACCUGAGGAUCCUGAGCUAAACAUCAAUCAUCCCUACUAUGAUGUUGCAAGACAUGGCAUCAUACAGUUAGCAGGUGAUGACAAUUCUGGAAGGAAGGUGAUUACCUUCAGUUGCUGCCGUAUGCCACCUUCCCAUCAGCUCAACCACACCAGAUUACUGGAGUACUUAAAGUAUACACUGGACCAGUAUGUAGAGAAUGAUUAUACAGUUGUCUACUUCCACUAUGGCCUGAAGAGUCUAAAUAAACCAUCUCUGAAAUGGUUACAAACAGCCUACAAAGAAUUUGACAGGAAGUAUAAGAAAAACCUUAAAGCACUCUACGUUGUACAUCCAACCAACUUCAUAAAAAUUCUGUGGAAUAUCUUUAAACCUCUUAUAAGCCAUAAGUUCGGGAAAAAAAUCACCUACUUGAACUAUUUAAGUGACCUGAGAGAGCAUCUCAAAUAUGACCUGCUAAAUAUCCCUCAAGAAGUCAUCCGACACGAUGAAAAUCUUCGGGGGAAACAGAAGGGAAAGCUGCCACCUGUGGUUAAGGUUCCGCCACCACGACCACCUCUACCUACCCAGCAAUUUGGAGUCAGCCUGCAGUAUAUCAAGGACAAAAACAAAGGUGAAUUAAUUCCCCCAGUAAUGAAGGAAACUGUAUCCUACCUAAAAAGAAAAGGACUGCAAGUAGAAGGCCUCUUCAGAAGGUCAGCCAGCAUCCAGACUAUCAAAGAUGUUCAGAAACUCUACAAUCAGGGCAAGUCUGUGAAUUUUGAUGACUAUCAUGAUAUCCAUAUUCCUGCUGUUAUCCUAAAGACUUUCCUUAGGGAGCUCCCUCAGCCAUUAUUAACGUUCGAGUGUUAUGAUCAUAUCCUCGGAAUCACCAGUGUGGAGAGCAGUUUACGAGUCACCAGAUGUAAAGAAAUCAUCCAAGGACUUCCUGAGCACAAUUACGUUGUUCUGAAAUAUCUGAUAUGCUUUCUCCAUAUGGUUUCACAGGAAAGCAUAUAUAACAGAAUGACAGCAUCCAGCCUGGCCUGUGUUUUUGGUUUGAAUUUGAUCUGGCCAUCAAAAGGAACAGCCUCCCUGAAUGCUCUGGUACCUCUAAAUCUCUUCACUGAACUACUGAUAGACUUCUACACGAACAUAUUUAACUCCCGAACAGUGCCUGGCGAGAUCUUGCCUUAAUGCCCCCAGAAGGGAAAAUGGUGUAUGACUAUCUGAGGGAAAGGUCUCUGUGCCUCAGCUGGUGAGAGCCUUAUAUUCAGAGAAAACUUUUCAAAUAUAAAGUUUCUAUAGCUUUCCAAAUACUAAAGAAGCUGGGAGAAGCACACUGCCCCAGUAUAUUCUCAUCACAUAGAUGAACAUUCAAAGACCAGCAGGUUGAAGUGAAUCCCCUUAGUAAACUGGAGCAACUUGCAAAAACUAGUACAUAAAAAAAAAAUCAUGACACUAUGUGCCAGUCUGUCCUUUGGAGACCUUAUUAUGUGGCGUUAUCUUCUGCAUGACCAGAGAUAAGUUCUGGAUCACUCCUAAAUGUACAGCUCUCUUCUUGUUUUCUAAUUAUUUUUUUAUUAUUAUUUGCAUAGAAGUUUGUUAGAAAUUUCCACAUUAAGUUAAU